CCGCGGAGGUAAUUAGGUCGCGGCAGAUAACCGAGUCGCCCAACCAAACGGCGGGGGAAUCAGUAAUAAGUUCGGACAAGCAGGCCACGUCGCUCGUUUCUUUAUUCUCUGUUUCACUUCGUUUUUAGCCCUAAUCGCGAGACUGACUGGAAGCUGAAGGGUAGGAGGAAGGAAGGAACUCUGCCGAAGCCAAACUGGUGUAGUUGGAGACUGCGAGUUCUUCCCCACGCUACCUAAGUUGCACAGUUGCGCGCUACAAAACCUGUUUCUGUAAAUCUCUCUUCGUCAUUUCUCUCACUCAUGCAGAGCUCUCUCUAUCGCGUGCUCCCCUUAUCCAUGUCUUGAUUGCAGGGGGGAUUUCGCCUCAAUUCGCCAUCUCCCGAUACACAACAGAAGGAAUCGAGAAACCCUAGGAAAUGUCGGGCGGGUUUUUCCGGGGUACGUCCGCCGAGCAAGAUACUCGGUUCUCUAACAAGCAAGCUAAGCUGAUGAAGUCGCAGAAGUUUGCUCCUGAAUUGGAACACCUGGUGGAUAUGACGAAAGUGAAAAUGGACGUUAUGAAACCAUGGAUUGCUCACAGGGUGACUGAGCUUCUUGGUUUCGAGGACGAAGUUCUUAUCAACUUCAUUUACGGCCUUCUGGACACCAAGGAAGUUAACGGGAAAGCGGUCCAGAUACAACUUACUGGCUUCAUGGAAAAGAACACUGGGAAGUUUAUGAAGGAGCUCUGGUCCCUUCUUAUCAGUGCCCAGAAGAAUGCCAGUGGCGUUCCUCAACAGCUUUUGGAUGCCAAAGAAGAAGAAACUAGGCAGAAGCAGGCAGAGAGAGAUCGGAUAACUGCUGAGAUUCAGAAAAAGAAAGAGAAGGAGAAUAUAGAUUCCGAGUUCAUGCGUCAGAGUAAGAUGGACGGUGGGGCUGGGACGAAGGCCAAUAAUGCCUCUAUGGAUCCAAGCUCAAAACAGAUACAACUGAAGGGUUCAAAUGGUGAUUCUGGAGAUGAGAAAGGAGCUGAAAUAAGAAAUGGGUCGAGGGGGCGAAGCAGAGUCUCUAUGUCUCCCCGUCGAGGUGAUCUCUCACCCUCCUCUCCUAGAGGCUCACCUUCACGCACCAGGGGGUCAUUAUCUUCUCGAAGCAAUUCUAGCGGAAGGAUAAAGGGCAGAAGUUUUUCAAGAUCACCCAAUGCACGACAUCGCUCAGUUUCUUCUGACCGGCGAAGAAAACGAUCAAUUACUCCUCGCCGUGGGCAUUCACCACGUGCAUCUAAUUCACCUCCAAGGAGGCGGUCAUCAUUUGGCAGAAAAAGAUCCAGAUCACCUAGCAGGUCGCCAUCUCCAGUGAGGCGUAGGUUGCGGUCUCCUUACCGUCGCAGAUCACCUUCACCAAUUCGACGCCGUAGAUCACCUUCACCGGUUCGAAGGCCCAGGUCACCUUCCCCAUCUCGCAGGAGGCGCAGAUCACGUUCACCCAUGCGACGCCGGAGAUCUCCCUCACCUAUUAGACAACGUAGGUCACCUGCUAGACGGCGCAGGACCCCUUCUCCCGCUAGAAGGCGCAGAUCUCCAUCGAAACAGAGGCGUCGAUCGCCCUCACCUUUGCGUAAUCGAUCUCCUUCACCCCUGAAGCGUAGAUCAGUUUCCCCACCACGUCGUAGAUAUGAAAGGUCUCCACCUACUUCUAGACGUGGGUCUCGAUCUCCGGUUAGGCGUAGGUCUCCUGCCCAUGCCCGCCAAAUAUCACCAGUGCUCACCCGUCGUAGGUCUCCCUCGCCAUUUGUUUCAAGAUCCCCUUCCCCUACAGGUAGAAGAUCUGCAGGUCAAUCAUCGCAAGCAAAACUUAGGAGUCGAGAAACAUCCUCUCCUGUACGGGCUCAGCAAUCUGGGCAGUUGAGGUCACCACCGAGAGAUGCUAAGAAACGGAAGGAUUUGAGAAAGAGAUCCCCUGCACUGUUGUCUUCACCUAAAGGGUCUCCAGGCCGAUCAGAAUCUCCACCAUCCAUAAGAAAGAAUAGUAACAAUGAUGACAAAAGUAGUGUUCCAAGGCAAAGGAGGGAGCUGCAGGCAGGGGACAACCUGAGUCCUCCGCCACAACCAAACAAUAAAGGAUCUCGAUACGAAAGCUCUGAUGAUAGCAAAGAACUUGAAGGAAAAAACCGUUCUCGGCUGAAGGAUUCUACUGUGGAAGUUCAAUAUAAGGGCAAGCAGUCUCCUGAAAUCAAUGCAGGCCAUCAAACAGAGUCUAGAAGUCACAAUAAGAUAGAACCAGGGAAGAAGGAUCAGGAAACAAGGAGUGAGAAAUCUUCCGGAAGGAAAGGACAUAUUGAAGCUUCGGACGGUCAAAAGUCUCCGGUGCUGAGCCAAGUUGAUGUUCAGAAGUCUGUUGGCAGGCUUUCACAUGUGAACUUUAUGGAGGAUGAUAGACGCCAAAAAUCUGAUACAAUAACUUCAAUUGAAAAGGUUGACAAAAGUAAUGGUGGCAGUAGACUGGAUUCUGAUUCAGACAGAAGUGGUAAGCACAGAAUUGAGGGUAAGGAAAAAAGAAAGCAUAAGAGAUCACACAGACAUGAAACAUCAUCCGAUGAUGAUGAAAGUGAUUCUGAAGUUGAUGAAAGGAAAGAGGUCAAGAAAAGGAGGAAAGAAGAAAAGAAAUCACGCAAGGAGGAAAAACGCCGUAGACGUGAGGAGCGGCGCCGUAAAAGAGAAGAUAGACGGGCUGAGAAGCUGAAACUGAAGGAGAAAGAUGAUACUGAUUCUUCUGACGAUGACCAUGUAGCCAGGAGAAGAAAGUCUUACAUACGUGACGAUGAAGAGGAGCAUUCUGAGCAGAAACAGCUAGAGAUUGAGUUAAGGAAGAAGGCACUCGAAUCACUGAAAGCCAAGAAGAGCAUUGAUCACUAAGUCAUGGCAUUGCGUGUUUGCGAUCUUGGAUUAUCUCAAAUGAUCUUUUCUUUCUAAGCUGUUUUACUGUUUCUAGGAACUUUUGCUAUGAAUGGAAGUAGUUAUUUUUAUAACUUUUUAAUGUUAGUGUGUGUUUGCUGCUGGCAGCUGAAAUGGAUAAAUGAUGGAUUUCCUGAGCUAUUCUCUUGACUGCCCCUCUAUCCAGAUCUUCCUGCUAGAUUUUCUUAUCCAGAUCUUCCUGCUAGAUUUUCUGGUAAUAACUGUUUCCCCUUUGUUGGGAAUUGUGAUAGUGUUGUUAAUGGAUGUCAGCUUUAGUUAAGCAUGCUGAUGUCUGAUGUUACUUGUGUAAACAUUGCACUUUAUGAAUAUCUUUGGUUCUUACUUAUAAGCACUUGUCAAGUUUGGUGUGCCCUUGUCUCGCUUUUCAUGGUUGUCUGCUGAUAUGAAAAGAGUACUGUUUUCAGAAUUAAAAUGAUGCCUACAGGUCUGCUCAUGAUUUCAAUUCAUUGAUGUCCGGUUGAUACUAAGUAAGCUUUCUGGUCAAUUGGUAGAUGAAAUAAUUGACAACUUGAUGCAUACUCGAGUGGAUUAUGUGCAGGCCUACACUAUGAACAUUGAAUCAGGUGAAGUACCUCCUCUCUAGUUCUCUGUGUUUGUUUAUAUAAACUAUGGUGGAUCUACAACCUGAAAAUAAAUGGUAGUCAUUCUACUUCUUUUGUUAGGCUUCUCAUUAGAUUAUACCCUUUAUGCUUGCAGCUUGAGAAUUGUCUCGGGGCAUUUGUGUUGUAAAUUACUAUAUGGCGAUGCAGGUUCAAGGACUAACUCCCCUCCCCCAAAUUGACAUGUGUAAGAAGAGUAUGAAUUGCCAUGGAUGUUUAUGCUGAGAUUGGUGAUGAUAUUGUAUGAGUUUGAGGUAGAUAUUGUGGUUCCAUUAUCUCGACGGCCUAUCGAUGUUUCCUUUUUUCCCCCCUUCAUGUUUGAAGUUACUUAAGAUUCUUAUUCAUAAGCCGAUACAUGAAAAACUGCAUGAUCAUUGAGAGCACUCAUUCACAGUUACUUGUUAUCAUUUCUGAUAUUGGAAGUUAGAAGUUCAUGGUGACUGGGUUGCAAUGAUUAGGUUGAUCCACGUCGAAUGCCUUUUGCUGGGUAGCUCUUACUAGGUCGUACGGCUUUUUGUUGAAAUUGCUUGGUAUCAAGUGUGAAGGGCUGAUGAUCUGACUUAGUUAGGUUUGAUUUGACUAUCGAAGGGAGAGAGUGCCGAUUGGCAUCCGCUCACAAUCUGCUCCCUCUUCUGCAUCGUGUCGAGUCAUGAUAAGUGCUUCUGAACUUUGCAGAUGUGUGUUUAAAGAUGUUUGUUUGUUUCGUCAUUGCUAGUCCACCAAAGCCUAGCCGGUUCUAAACCCACGUUUUUGUUUACUAACAUCAGCGUCCUAGACCUUUCAGCUUCUCUUCUUGCUCGUUAGGUUAAUAGGUUGGUGGAGGUUCUGUAGUUCCAGAGAGCAUUGUGCUGUUCAACUGUUCUUUUUAUGGUUCUUCUAAUAAGCAAAUGCCGAUAGUUUAUAGUUAAGACUUAAGAGGAUGGUAGCUUUCUUAUUUGGAAAUGGUGCAUGUGCACAAAAAAUUUAGGAAACCAGUGGUGAGCGCAAGAAUCAUUGCAAGCUUGUGUUCCAGUAAUAGGCUUUCGUCCGACAAAAUUUGCUGCGCGACAAGCUUAAGUAAUCAGUAUCAUUGAAAGCACGUUCAGCUGUGCCCAAAAUAUUGAACACGCCCUGGUCCUGUUUGCUUCGUCGCUGCUGUUACAACGCGGCUCAUGAUAUGAUUUGAAUUCAUUAUGAUCUGGAGAAAAGAGCACACUUCACUAAUGGAUUCUCGACUGCUUUUAUGCUCAUCAGCAUUAGGAUGUUGCUUUAUCAUCUUUUGUCUGAUUUACCUUUGCAAGAAGUUUCAUUUUCGGUAGCCAAGCGCUACUACAGAAUAUAAAGUCUGUCUGUCU